AUGAAAUGUUUUCUCUUACCUCAGGAUUGCACUGGUGCCAUCGACGGAACCAUCUUACCGGCUUGGGUACCUGAGCACGAUCAUGAGAAAUACAUAUGUCGAAAAGGUUACUUGUCCCAAAUCGAUGUGGUCGCGUGCGACUUUGAUUGCAAGUUCACUUUCGUUUUAGCGGGAUUGGAAGACAACGCAAAUGAUGCUCGUAUUUUUGCUGACACAUUGACAGACCCCACAAAUACUUUCCCGUGGCCACCAGAGGGCUAUGCCAAUGUCCCGGGAUUCAUGUCACCUUACCGUGGUGAUAGGUAUCAUCUCCCGGAGUGGAUUUGCUCUAACCAAACACCUAAAAAUGCGAGAGAGCUAUUUAACCGACGCCAUGCCACUGUCCGGAAUGUGGUUGAACGUAGCUUUGGUAUAUUGAAAGGUAAGUUCCCCAUUAUAAAAGGUCUAAUGUCGAACUACACGCAUGAGUUCCAGACAGACAUAGUUAUCGCAUGUUGUGUUGUACACAAUUUCAUCCUCGAGCACCAAAAGUUCGAGAACGUACCGCCGGCCAUACAAGACCCGAAUUACAUACCAGAACCAGAUGAAGAUGAUCAUACAAUGCCUUUGAUGACAACUUUAGAUACCUCUAAUGUUGGUGUAUGUGAACAGAGUGCUUUGCACGAUUCGAUUGUUGCUGCCUUAUGGGCCGAUCAAGGUGGCAGACGUCGUUAG